UGUGUGUAUGCGGUUAGUUUUGAAGCGUGUUUUUACAAUGUUUACACAGUUUUUUGGUGAUUUCUUUCCGUGUUAUCUAAGGGAAGUGAAAUAAACAGACUGCCGUAAUGUGAAGGAGGCUACAAUUGGCAUAAAUCAACUAAAACGGAGGAAGAUAUCUUUAGAAGCAGUGACAUCAAGUGCUAAGAGUAAGAAUGGAAGAAUUCAAUGACAGUUUAAAUGGAAAUGAUGGCAUUCCUCAUGAGGCAAUACGAUUUGAAGGACAAAGUUCUGUACCAGGUCAUUUUGAGGGAGAAGGGGCUCAAGAGGAUGAUCGGAGAGAUUUUGUAAUGAUGUCUGACAGCUAUGAUAAUGUGCAAGACUCACAACACAGAGAGGAGGGGAUGAUGCAUCCAGAACGACUACCAGGAAACUACAACUAUAUGAAUAGAUUACAAAAUAAUGGUGAUAUAAGUAGAGAUACAGUAUCAGAUUUUGGAAAUAUGGAAGCUUACAGGAGAUCAGGGCCUGAGGGCAGUCCAGCAUUUCAACAGAGCAGUGGGUUUCUCCCAGGUAUUGGAAGUGAUAAUGAAUCAAGUGUGAUAUUUAGACCUGUUCGUCAACUAGACUUUUCUGCAAUGGAUGAAACUGGACAGACUGACGAGAUGAUCCCUCAUGGCAUGAAUCGUUCAGUAUCAACACCAGAGCCUGAAGCGCGGGGUAUGUCCUAUCUGGAGAGAGAAGUGUGUGGUUCUCAGGCAGAUGAUGAACACACAAGAGAAACAUCACCAGAAACAGGAUUCUUUGAAUUGAAAUCCUCUCCACUGCAAACAAGUGAAAGCGAGGGGGAAUUAGACAGUCGUACAAUAUUCUCACCAUUGAAUAAUAAUGGAAUGAGCAAUAUGUAUAACACAUCAAUGGCAUUUGAACCAAAUAUAAGUCAAGGAGAUGGGGGUAAUAACAAUGGGCCUUUUGCUUCAAAUUUAGUGGCAAGGUCUCAGUAUUCACCACCUAGUAGACCGUUUGACUACCAAGGUUCACCUCAAACGCAAUAUCAAACAUCUCCUGUCACCGGUAAUUCUGUUGAAAAACGAUCAGUCUUUGUCAAUAUACCUAAUGAUUCAGGAUACGAUAGAACAGAAAAAUUCUCGCCAAACAAUAGAAUGCCUGGAUCCGAUCUGAAGCAGCAAUCUCCCAGGGUUCAUUGUGUUGAUGACUUUAAUAUUCAAAGUGUGCCCCAGUCACAACCUCCCCAAACACAACUAUUUUCUAGUAGCUUACCAGCUAAGUUAGUGUUACAGGGUGUACAAAGAUCUCCACCCAGAAACCAAGGACAGAUGACUCGUGGCAUUGGCUCCCCACAGUCACUGGCACAAAAUGCACAAAGUGACAAGAGUGUUGAGAAUUCUCCCCACCAACUACAUCUUGCCAGAACGCAAAGAUCUGAUUCUCUCCAAAGUCAUGAUCAAAGUUCAAAUGGUCAUACAGCUGAUCCCUCACAGAGAUUACCUUCUCCAUCAGCUUGGAAAAUUCCCACUGAGCAACCAAAGCAAAAUAGAAAUUUGUUUAAAGAACCCAAAAUGGCUGCUCCAAAGCGUACGGGUAACAGUCAAGUACAGAACAAUAAAAAAUCAACUAUGCCAGCAAAGAACUCGCAGCGAGAGGUCAUAAAUCCCAUGUCCAAAGCCAGACAAGAACAGGCAAAACAGGACACCUCUGGUGUGAGGGUCAAAUGUCAAAGUUCAGAUAUGAGACAAGGCAAUAGUGCUGGGACAAAGUCUAACAGAGCGGUUGGUCCUCCUGCAAUGUCUGCACAGCAGCAGAGAAGUGUUCACAACACUCGACCGAAUGGAGAGGAUGUGACCAGAAAGGGAAUUCCGAUGGACAGGAAGGGUAACAUGGCUCAAAGGCCAACAGUAGUUGAAGGGAAAAAAAUGGAUAGGUCCCAACAAAGUUAUCCUUCUGAACAUGAGAGAAAAGUGGAAGGAAGUUUGCAUAGAAAUAGAUCAGAAAGGUCCAGAACAAUAGGACAAGUAUCAUCGUCGAGUGACCGAGGGGCAGGGAUAGGGGAGGAUUCAAGUUCUCCUCAAACACACCAUCCUGGGGUGAAUGUGGUCACCCAGGUCCAGCAGUAUAGCCGGAAUCCACUGCAAGAUGGUCAGCGUAUCAUGGGUCAACAGCAGCAAUUUCCUCACUCUGGUAUAGAUGCUCCUGGAGGAGACACUAGUCUGGAUGUCCAGGGGAUGGAAAAUGUCCGCAGUCAGCUCCAGAGUAUGCUCAAACUGUCCUCAGAUACUCUCAAUGAAACUCACCAGUACAACCAUGUUGAUUCAGUCAGUGGACUUUUGAUGGAUGUACCCCAGGACCCCUACCUGUAUCAGGCACCACUUGACCAGUCAGUAUCCAGGGGCAAAGAAGAUGUGUCAGAGUUGUAUGAAAAUUUCCCAAGUUUCACAUCUCGUAUUUGGUCGGAUACUUCUAACGUUUCUCGUAGCGAUGCCUCCUUGCAUCAGGAGAAUCAGCGUCUCAGAGAUAUGUUGGAGAAGGAACGGUAUCGCAGGAAGCAUUGUGAACAACACAUCCAGAAACUCAAUGUCAAACUCUUAGAGACUCAACAACAGGUUGCUGUGGCGGUUUCCACAGACAAGCGUAAGGACAUCAUGAUUGAACAACUUGACAGGCAAUUAGCAAAAGUUGUGGAAGGAUGGAAGAAAAGAGAUGAAAACAAGGAGGAAUACAUCAAACAAGUUGACAGAGAGAAGGCACAAUUGGAGGAAAAUCUAUCUAAACAGCAGAGUAUUACUGCCAACUUUGAACAAGACAUGUCACGGGCUGUAAAUGAGAUUCGACAAGAGAAGGAGGAUGCCAUUUUGACCAUAGAAAAACUGAGAACAGAGGCUGAGGAUCAUGAGCGAUCUCGCAGUCACUUUGAAGAUGCCAUUAAGUCGGAACGAGAAAGGACAGAACUCAUGGAACAGGAAUGGCAGAAAGUGCGGGAAAACCGGGAACUUAACGAGAUGAAAGUACAACAGUUGCAAGAUAGAUUACAUAAGGAGCAGGAUGAAUGGUUCAAACGAGAACAAGAGCUGCUUCAGCGCAUUGAGGAAGUGACAGAGAAAAAUAUCAAGAUUGUUCAACAGGAGCGGACAAAGAAUGUUGAGCUGGAGAGUGAGGUGAAGGAAUCGGAGGAGAAGAGACAGAAAUCUCAAACAGACAUUAAACGCCUAGAGAUGGACAUGGAUGUCGUCAUGAGGGAAAAGGAAAGUCUGAAGGUAGAGAUAGGGAUUAUGGAGGACAAGUACGAGUCCUCACAGAGAACACUUGAGGCAGAGCUACAUUCGCAGAUGCAGAAAGAGAUAGCUUCCCAGAUUGCAGACGUCCACAAGCGUAUGGAGGAGGAAGAGGGGACAAUGAGAGAGAACCAUCGUCGUCAGGUAACAGAGCUGGGACAGAGACACAGCCGUGAGAUGGAGAAACAACUCGCUCGUUACCAUGAUGACCUUAAGAAUCGCGAGGAUGAAAGUAGAAAACUUUGCCAGGAAUAUGAACAAAAACUCCAUGACUUCAGGACGGAGAUAACUUCCCUACAGAUGACAAAACAGAAACUAGAGUCCCAGAGGAGUGAGAUCCUGACGAAGCUACAGUACAUGAUGCAGUCACAAUGGAACGAGGCCGUGUCACUGCUGUCUGGUUCUCCCCACAGAAAGAAGCCACCACCUUCCAACACUUCCUUCUUGUCUGGGGCUGGUCAGUCAGAUGAUGGGGGCCAAUCUUGUAGUCAGUCUGGCGGUCCACUGGUAAACAGUCAGCCCACAGACACUACAGACCACAUCCCUGUCGGUGUGAGUGAGAGCGGCUCCUUCAACCCAGAGCUCAGUCUGGCUGACUUUAGUACCUCCCUCCACAUACAGCAGCUUCUUCAGAGUCUUUCUCAUCCAGGGAUGAGAGGGUCAGGUUACUCGGAAGCAGUAAGUAGCUCAAGUUAUGAUCAGGGCACCAACAGGCUUGAGACUGCACAGACAGUUGAUACAAACACGGAUAGGACUACAAAACCAGGGACAAGACAACAGCAAACAACAGCAUUAAACCCAGAGACAUUCCAAAUGCCAAGCAAUUCACAGUCAAUGAUGAAUGAAGAGGUGUUACGAAAUCCUAACAAUAUACAAACAGUAAUAAAUUCAGAGGACUUCCGAAUACCUAACAGCACACAGUUGACUUUACAAAAUACAGACAGAUUCCAUGCACGUGACACAAACCAUAGGUCGGAUUUAUACAACCAGAACGUUCAUAAUUGGCUCCAUGAGGCCACCAUUACUAGUCUACAGCCUGCUUCUACAGACAGUUUUGAUUGGUCAACUCAACAGGCCAAAAUAGCAUUCGCAGCCAGUCAACAGCAGCAGCAGCAGCAGCAACAGCAGCAGCAACAGCACCAACCUCAACCUGUUGCUGUGCCGAUCAGACCCCCACAGCAGCACAGUAGUGAGGUGCAGCACUAUCAGCACACGCCAGACAGUAGUUUCUCAGAGCCGCCCCCAGAUUGGUCUCAGCCUGGCCACUCACCACCCACCAAACUGCAGGGCCACCAUCGCAUCAAAGAGGAUCACCACCAGUAUGAAGGGGACGAGGGUGCAGAACAUCUUGAUGUGGAUUACAGCCAGUUAUCUGACAGGUUGCAAGAGCAUGAGUCUCGUCAGGGCCAGUUACAGCAUUACAUACAAGUGCUUCUACAGAAACCUCCAGGGGCAACCAAUGCGGAUGGAGAUGUUGAUUUUGAAAACAGUUCACAGAUUUCUCAGGAUCAGACAGAGGAACUGGACCUAAAUGACACUGCACAAGCAGCACAGCUUCAGAGAGAGCUUACCCGUAUUCAACAGCUCCGUGAUGGAAAGGCAACAAGUAUGGAAAAUAAACAGACGGUGGUAGCUACACAAGGUAAUCCCCUUCAGGGAGUGUUGAGUCCUGACCAGCUGGCCGAGAUAUCCAGGUUACUGGGCCAGCAGGGUGAACUAUUGGAGCAACCUCAGGCCCUGCAACAGGACAAUGAACAGAUUUCAGAGUUGAUGGAGAUCCUGAAGGGCUUAAACACGAGACAACCCCAGAAACAGUUGGGACAGCCUCAACCUCCGAGGGGAGGGAGGAAAUCAGCUCCAUCUGAUAACAACUCGCCACGCUCUCCUCCUCAGGUCUCGAACAGGGAUGUGGCCAAGGUCAAGCGCAAUCUCAAGGUCGCUAUGGCAGGAAUGGCUGAAGGAGUCCAAGGACAGUCGGCUUCCAAACCGGUACAAGGGUCACAGGUAAAAAAAACUGAUAGGAAAAGCGCACCUGCACCUGUAAGAUCUGGAGCAGGCGGGAAUAGGCCAGGUCAGGGAAAGGUCAAAUCAUCCUGGAAAUAGUAUGUGAUUGAUCAGAAAAUUAAAAGUGGGAGGAGGCUGUGAUAAAGAUUGACAGAAUGUUCCUUCCUUUUUUUCUGUUCAGAAGGAAUCAGUCAGAGGUGUUCAGCACAACUGUUAAUUUAUUAUGUGGUCCCAAUUCAUCUUAACAAAAUUAGCUAAUAAUUGAUACUACUUUUUUUCCUGCAGAAAUAGUGAAUUUCAUAUAAAUGAAUUAUCAAGCAUUGAUCGUUUGAAGAUGUGAAACCUUAUGAUAUUUAAUAUUAUUAAGGUGUUGUGAAAAAUCUCAUUUUAAAAGUUUAUGCAUUCUAAACACAACAAGACUAGGAAAGAAAGGUUGUCUGUACCAAAAUAGAAUGGUUGUGAAGUAAAUUGAUUAUGUACUAUAUUGGCUGUUUAUUUAAAUGUUCUCACGAGUGAGGAGAAUUUCAGAAAUAGUUCAAGAAACAUUUGUAUGUGGGAUGAUGUGUUUGUUAUGGAAUUUUUAGUAUCUCUGUGAAUUAUGUGAAUCCAAACUGAAAUGUCAAUAAAUGAUUACUGUUGCUUCACUACAUUUAUCAUGUGACUUUAUUGUUAAACAGUGGGCACACUCUUGCAUACUGUAUUACUUAGGGCAUUAUCAUACCUCAUCUAUGUAACAGAAUGACUGAUUGGAUUACAUUGAUCACAUGGGGAGCAACAAAACAUUGUGUCACCCUCCACACUUAACUUUCCCUGGUCAAAUUUCCCUUUUUUGUAGCUUCGCUAGGAAAAUUGUCAAAAGCUAGCACAAUUAACUUCCAAUUAUCUGAAACAGAUAACAACAUCGGCAAGUCAGCCUGACCACCUUUACUGUUUUGUUGUUGUUUCGUUUCGGUAUAAUAAAAUAUGUCCUUGUAGUAGAGAAACAUGAUUCUAUCUGACUUAUCUUGGAGAAACAAAUAAUCUUGUUUACCUAUACCAAGAACAAUAAAUGUGUGAUAUGGCAGAACAAUAAAUGUGUACUAUGGCCCUGUCUGACAUCAGAACUGGGACAAUAGACAGAAAGACAGUCAGUGAGAGUGAAGAUGUCAUGGUGGUUUGAGAAAACAAGAAGGAGCUUUGUUUAGAUUUCAUUUUAACAGCAAUGAAAUUGUUUUGGAUAAUCAUCAGAUAUGAGACGUAAAAAUAAUCAAUGUAUGACCUGUAUGAAUCUGUGUGGCAAAAUUCUUACAGAAGUCUUCAGUUUUGUUUUUUGUAACUGAUUAUUAUCCAAAAAGUUCCUUUCAAAGCUCACAAAUAUUUCUCAGAAAUAGUAACCAAAAAUGUCAAUCAAAAAUGAAUGUUGAUUGUUUCACUGUAUUCAGUAUAGCAAUUUCAACGGCACAAUCAUGGUCAUGGUGACUCCCUAAUCUCAUGGUCAUGGUGACUCCCUAAUCUCAUGGUCAUGGUGACUCCCUAAUCUCAUGGUCAUGGUGACUCCCUAACCUAUUUGUGGUGGUAUGAUAACACCACUGUUCACAUGUGGUUGCUGUGAAAUGUCAAUCGGCUAUGCUUUCCAGGUAAAAUAUUAAGUAAUGAUAUUCCAGUAUUUGGCAUGAAAACACUGAGGACUUUUUGAGAUAUAUUAGUUGACAUGGCUUUUAUGAUGUGGGUGACAGUACGAGUGUGGGAAUGUCAUUUGAUCAGAUUCUAUGUUUCUAGUAAACUACUGAUGUUCAGUAAACUAGAAUUCCAUUGUGAAUUUUGGGAAAUCACAAAAGGAGUUUGAUUUGUAUGUUGGUAGGAAUUUGAAAUCCUCCAUUAAAAUCUAUUUAUGUAUAAACUUCAUAUCAUAAAUCUUUGUGCAUUUCAAUCAUUAUAGCAUCUAAUGCAGGUCUUUUUUAUAGAAUUGUGUACACGAGAAUCAUACUCACUAGUAUUGUACUCAUAAAAUCAUGUACAUGUGCAAUUGUUUUACUGGUCAGUAAGUAUGAGAGACUUAUAGCUAAUACCUUAUCAUCUAAAGCUACACUUCUUUAUCACCCAUUUUUGUAAAUAAAAAUAAAUUGUAUGUGUAACUGUUGGGGAAUUUUCUGGUUUGGCUAUACAAAGUUAGUACAACUAAACAUGUUUAUGUAGAAAUUCCAGACAUUACAAUAUAUUUUAGGAUAAACGUUACAGUUUUGUAGUAUGAUAUAUAUAUAAUUAGAAGUUGAUAAUCAAUGAAUGCAAAUUUGUUUCACAGAAAUAAUGUAACUAAGGGUCCAAAAACAAGCACAAGAAUUCUGAUCAAGUUGAUAGUCUCGGUGUUCACUUUUAAUUAAAAAAAUAUAGUUAUAUUCAAGGAAUCUCAAGUUUUAUUUUUUAUGUCUGAAGUAAAAAUUACAAGAAGAUAUUUUGGAGUAUAAUGUACAUGCAUCUCUAUAUUUCGAACGGAUGGCACAGGGAAACUCUCAAAUGACCCUGAGGAUUAUAUCUAUAAACAUUCCAAAGAUGUGUUCAUCAACAUAAAUGUGAGAUAGCACUUUCUCAUAUCAAAGGAAUGUUGUGAAUUUAUUUGUGAGAACAUUUUACUACCAGCCCGAGUACAGUCACAAAUUGUAUGUGUUGUCAUAGAAAUUGGGUGUUUAAGAUUGAUAUACAUUUUUGUGUUCAGAUGAAAUUCACUUUCAUUAUUCAUUGAUAACUUAAGUUGUUAUGUGUCACAUUAAACCUGACUGUACCAUCCCUUAUAAACCCCUCUCAACACUUUUCUUGUCUGAGCAUCCCAGCCAUUCACCCUAAUUAAUCGUUUUUCUAAUGGCUGGUUUUUGAGAACUUUCGUAUGUUCUGCAUUCAUUCAUGCUGUGCAAGCAGGGCAUUUAUUUGCUAUAGAAUGGUUUAUCAGGUUAUUAAUGAUUGCCUUGUUUAUUUGUGCUGAACUUCAUGGUCUUUGAACUCAACAUCAUGAAUAGUUACCUCACUGACAAAACCGGUGAAUGCAUAUUUUUUUCUUAAGUUACUAAGGCAAUCCAGUAGUCAUCCGUUAUGAACUGAUCCUUUUUCCUAACAGACAUUAUUGUGUUAAAGUGUCUGUAACAAGAGCCACAAUUGUUGAUGUUGUUAGUACAUAUACAAUCCUCAGAAGGAAGUUAGGGUCAAUUGUUUGAAUCUUGAUCUAUUUUUAGAAAUUCAACUUGCUAUUCUAAGGACACAGUUUUUGGUGUUUUCUCACUAUACAAUGUCUGGUAGAGUUUUUAAUUCACAGAAUAUUAGAAGCUACAUGGAUUGAAACUGGAAUUUUCCCAUUUUCAGGCAGUAUUAAAAAUGUCCACAUUAUGUGAGUUGCAACACGAUGGCCUCUCAAUGAGUGUUGUUUAUUCAUACUGGAUGGAUAUUAAAAAAAAUCAAGCUUAACUCAUUCACCCCUGAAGACACAUUUCAACUCUUCCAAUUCAAAGGUUGGAAUAGUUCAUUAUGAAAUUUCAGGGGUGAAUGAGGUAAAAUUAUCCUUUUUAGUCCUAUUUGUCAUAAUCAGAAUUUGAAACACACGAAAGAAAUUUUCAUUUGGAAACAGCAGUUAAUUGAUUAAUUAUGAAAUUUCCAGGAAAAUGUAGAAGUUUGACACGAGGAUGCUUACGGUAGGUUUUAAACUAUAUUGAUACUACAUGUUGAUAAUAACAUUCAGAAAAGAUUUACAAUUUUGAUGUUGAAUUAAAAAAACAACAUGUCAUGACAUGGACACAUUUAUGAAUAUCAUGUAUGAAAUGCUGAUACAUGUAUUCGUAUUGCAAUUUAUUUAUUUAUACACCUUAGAUAUAAUAAUUUAUACCGUCCAUUUUUUGAUUGAAUAAAAACGUUCAAAAG